CCUGAAAAAUUCAAAGUGCUGGAGUGAAAAAUGUCAGGCAUUCUGAAACGUACUUUUAAUGGCAGGCUUGUCAUGUUGAUUUCGAUAUUCCGUAAUUUAUUGGCUUACAAAAGUGACUUAAAAAAAAUAUUUAAUAAGAGAAAUGACAGUAUAUUAAUUAUAACAUACUGAAGAAAUAUACACCUGUACCGGAGUUCCGAUUAACGUCGCUGUUUACAUUUAAAUCUUGAAAUAAAUAACAAGCACCCAGUAAUAAUAUCUUAGAAUCGAUAUAACUACGGAAAUAAUCUACAGUUUGCCGUGAAUAUAUUAUAGUUAUGUCAACAAAGUUAUGAGAUAAUCGUUAAUAAAAGUUGUAGAAAUGUCGCUCGAACGCGAUAGUGUGGGCGUAGUGCCCAGCGUUGGGGAUGUGAGGGGCGUGGGAGUCCCCAGCGUGGGAAGUUCGUCUGCAGACCCUCGCUCCCAGCUGCUCCAAGAGAUGAGGGAGCAGAACUUCGACCUCAUCAGAUUUGCAUCAUACAGAACUGCUUGCAAGCUCCGCUAUGUUCAAAAGAAGUGCAACUUACAUGUGAUAGACAUAUGGAAUGUAAUAGAAGCAUUCCGUGAGAAUGCUCUAAACACACUGGAGCCUACUGCAUGUGUUAACGUCACAAGAUUGGAGACCCUCGUCUCAUCGUUAUACCACAACCUGAACAAAAGACUGCCGCCCGCUCACCAAGUGUCUGUUGAAGCUUGUUCAGCGUUACUAUUGAAUUGGUUGCUGUCUGCUUAUAGUACAGGAGAAAAUGUUGGUAAAAUAAGAGUGUUUUCAAUCAAAGUAGCAUUGGCCACUAUGUGUGCUGGCAAAUUAAUGGACAAACUGAGAUAUAUAUUUUCCCAAUUAUCGGACGGCAACGGUCAUUUACUGAUGAAGAGGUUGUCAGAUUACCUAAGAGAAGUGCUCGCGCUACCGGCAGCUGUGUACGAGUCGCCGUCCUUCAACUAUACCGAUGCCCUCGCACUCACUAUAUUUAAUCAGAACGGCAAGAUCACAGUGAAUGACUUCCUGGACACGCUGAUGUCAGACCCCGGGCCGCCGUGUCUCGUGUGGCUGCCACUGCUGCAUCGACUGGCUAGCGUCGAGAACGUGGUCCACCCGCUGGGCUGCAGCGCGUGCCGCCGCGGGUCGCUGACAGGGUUCCGCUACCGCUGCACGCGCUGCGCCAACUACACGCUCUGCCAGGACUGCUUCUGGCGCGGCCGCGUGUCCAACACGCACACCAACGACCACGAGGUCAAGGAGUACGCUGCUUAUAAAUCUCCGUCGAAGCAGAUAGGCGCGACCCUCCGCAAGUCGUUCCGCUGCGUGCCGGAGCGCGCGCGGCCGCAGCUGCCGCGCUACCCCGACCAGCCGGAGAGGACGCUCAACCUUAGUCAUAUCGUUCCGCCUUCGCCGGUGCCAGCACACAACGGUUUCCCCGAGUAUGUCGGCGGCUACGUCAACACCGGCUCUCUGGACUCAAGGUCUUCACGCUCAACGCAUCGCAGUAUAGCAGAGCACCUCUCGCGCGGAGUGGACGACGAGCAUCGCCUCAUAGCGCGGUACGCGGCAAGACUCGCACACGAGAACAGGACCAUGCCACGAGCCGGCCGCUCAGCAUCCCUCACUCCUGAAUUGGGUCGUUCGUCAAGCGAGGGGUCCGAGGUGGACGCGGCGAGACAACAGCGAGAACUGAUCUCACAACUGGAAGCCAAGAAUAGAGAGAUUAUGAGGGAAAUAGCUAGACUUAGACGGCAACAAGAGGCGGAGGCGAGUGCGGGUGGCGGCGGGUCGGCGCCGCUGGUGUCGGAGCUGCGGCUGCUGCGACAGCGCAAGGACGAGCUGGAGGGGCAUCUGUCCGCGCUGCAGGAGUCGCGCAAGCAGCUCAUGCACCAGCUCGAGGGACUCAUGAGGAUGCUCAAGACGCAGCAAUCCUCGCCCCGGUCGACGCCCAACUCGUCUCCUCGCUCCACCAAGAGCCCGCCGCUGCCCGGAGCGCAGCCGCAACCGAGCGCCCCAGAAAGGGAGCCGCCACCUCGGGGCACAGUCAGGAGCGCGCCGCAGACGCCCUCUCUCGGAGAAAGGGAACGCAUCGAUAUGUCACAUAGUCUUGGUAUGGAAAGCAUGACAAGUGAUGGCAGAAACUUUCACCAGAAUCAAAGACCCACGACAAUGGGCAUAGACAACCGUAGCCUCCGCAGCGACCUGCUCUACGCCGCGGAUUCCGUCACCAACGCCAUGUCGACACUCGUCAGGGAACUUAACUCUGAGGGGUCCGAUACCGAGGACACGGUUAAAGGGGACUCCAGAAAGCAAAGAGACUUCGAGGAGGAUGAUGACAGCGACGAGCCGAUGCCGCGGCCGCAACCUCCUCGCCACUACCUACACGACAACAAUGUACAGAACAUCACACCCAGUGUUGAAAUGCGAUCGUAAUCUUGCUUGAGGACACGCCCCCGCCGCUGCCGGCGCGCACCGGCCACUACUACCCCCGCACAUAGCUACAUAACUAAUACAUGUAUAUUAUUGUACCACAGUUAAACAUAGGCCAUGUACCUACCUACUAUAUAUUAUAUAAGACGGUUAUAUGUUCAUUACGUGCUGAUAAAUUGUAUCCGUGGCUUUAUUUGGUCUUGAUAAUGGUUUUGUAGAUUCUAAAUCUAAACUAAUAUAUAAAGCUAAAGAGUUUGUUUGCUUGUACGCGCUAAUCUCAGG